AUGAUUGUUGGUUGCGGAGUGGUGGCUACUCGGAGGGGUUAUGGGUCAACGAGCUAUGGCCGGUGUGCACGUAGAGCUCGGUAUGGGGUGGAUGGCCCAGUUGCAUGCGAUCCGGCUCGAAGGAGAUGCUAUAGUAGCAAGCUACCGUGGGCUAGCUCACGUGCUCCCGGUGGCUCGCUCGGUGGGCGAGAGAGAGGCGAUAGGCGUUUGGAGGCUAGCGAUAAAGCCUUCGGUUGGCAAGCGAGGGCAUAUGGGCUAGCCGUUAUGGGCAUGCGUGUGGGGUCGGGUGUGCUUGCUACGUAUCGGCUCUCCUAG